CCUCGCUUCCUUCUCAUCUAUCAUGUCGCAACGCCGUAACCGCUCCACCUCGGUGGGGAACAUUAAUUUGGGGGAUAAUACGACACCGUCGCUCACGACGAUGAAGUCGCGCCCUAGCUCCAGCAAGCACAAGUCUGAGAGAUUAGCCGCCUUGGCCCUGGAGGACGCCAAUGACUACACCCUUGUGGCAAAGAUUGGGGUAGCCCUCAAGGAGCUCAGUACGCGCUAUACGUGGUUGCCGCCUUUGUUCAUCUUGGGACUUGUCUGGGUCAUGUUUUUGUUGUCGGGAAACUACACUGAGACCAACCCGCUCCACCAGUUCGUCACAUUGUCGUACGCCAUUCCGGGCACCGAGCCGCAGGAGUACGGGAAGGGAUUGAAGGACUUGAGUUUUGUCGCGUUCUUCAUUGUAUUCUUCACGUUUUUCCGCGAAUUUGCCAUGCAAAUGGUGUUGAGACCGAUCGCGGUCAAUUGGUUCGGCAUCACGAAGGAGGGCAAGUUGAACCGUUUCAUGGAACAGACUUAUUCGAUGCUCUACUACGGAACCAUGGGGCCGUUCGGGCUUUUAGUCAUGAAGAACUACGCGCCAGACUUGUGGUAUUUCAACACGGAUGCCUUCUAUGAGAACUUUCCGCAUAAGCAACACGAAUUCUGGUUCAAGUUCUACUACUUGUUCCAGGCAUCCUUCUGGUGCCAGCAGUCGCUCAUUCUCGCACUCCAAGUCGAAAAGCCGCGCAAGGACUUUAAGGAGCUUGUGUUGCACCACAUUGUUACCAUCUUGUUGAUUGGCUUGUCCUACCGCUUCCACUUCACAUGGAUGGGUGUCGCUGUUUACAUCACCAUGGAUGUGUCCGACUUUUUCCUUGCCACGUCCAAGACGUUGAACUACAUCGACCACUGGGGGACCGCGCCGUUCUUUGCUGUCUUUGUCAGUGUGUGGAUUUACAUGCGCCACUAUCUCAAUUUGAAGAUUUUGUGGUCCGUUUUGACCACCUUCAAGACUAUCGGCUUGUGGGAGUUGAACUGGGAGACCCAGCAGUACAAGUGCUGGAUCUCGCAACCGAUCGUGUUUAUUUUGAUUGCCGCAUUGCAGUUGGUCAACGCCUACUGGUUGUUCUUAAUCUUUAGAAUUUUGUACAGAAUUGUGUUUGUCGGUGUCGUGGCGGACGUCAGAUCGGAUGAAGAGAGUGAAGACAAGUCUGAUGGCGAGAAGAAGAACGAGUGAGGGGAUCUAUCGCUAAAUGAUGGAUUAUAAUGCUGUGAAGCGCCAGAGCAUGUUGUGAACCGCCAAAGCAUAAUUCUGUGAAGUUCUAGUUGAUUAUGGACUGUUACGAAGCUGUCAAGGCGUUCAGUUACCAUUACCAAAUAGAUGACCAUAUUUUUGUCACGGAGAAAUGGGAGAUUUCUCCAAAGUCCCCGGCUGUCGGGGCACCGUUAUUUAUAACAUUAUUUUACCUUUUUGUCUAUAUUCACCAUACUAAUA